AUGUAUAUUGUCAACCACUUUCUGGAUAUCGAAGUCCUCAGCACGGGGAUUUUGAUGCCAGAUAGGGGCAGCGCUCCAGAUACAAAUGCUGCGACUGGAAAUGGUAGUAUUGGUGCACAGGCAGAGCUUUGCGCUCAGCAGCAUGGAGCAAACCCUAAUGUGGUCCUGUUAGAUUUCGUGGAUAUCGGGGAUGCCAUGACUGCCCAGAAUAAUCUUAAUGGUCUUUAA